AUGGACACGCAAUUUGAUGAGAUUUCGGAGAGUGACAAGAAAAUGGCUGAUUUCACUGCUCAAAUGCUUAACACAGAAAAGGAGGCGACGCUAACAAUGGAUCAAAGAAAUUUAGAGCAAGCCAGUUUGAGAAUGACAAUGGCGACGCACUUUCAAUCCAAUAUUGAUACGGAGCUACGCAUAAUAAACGCCGAGAAGUCAGUGGACAGUAAGAAGUUCGUCAAGAACAUAGAUAAGUUACCCAUUACAUAUCGUCCAGAUUGA